AUGGCAGCACUGCAUUUCAACUGGAUGUGGCAAAAGAAAAAGCAAGAUCGGACCCAGCACAAGACAGCCAGUGAUAAAUUAGGCGAAAAUACUCCAGGUGAUAGUAGCGCCCUGCCAAGCCAUCAGCAGCAGAAGCAACAAAGCAUAGACAACGUGGCGAACGGUUUUAAAAAUCGUAACUACAGCAGACAUUACCAUAAUGGAUAUCACAAUCAAAAAAAUCAUCACUACAACAACGGUAGCAGUUAUUAUCGAUCGUCCUACAGCAAUCGAAAUGAUAGUUUAAAUUCUAACGAUAACUUGGGUUAUCAAUACAGUUCGGAUGCCAAAACCAAUAGAAGUAGCGCUGUUAAUGUUAAUGAAGAUGAGUAUACCAAAAUCUCUACCCCUCGACAAGAUGUUCUCUUCAAAAAGGGAUAUCUUUCGAAGCCCAAAGUGUCUACGGUGGCCGAAGCAUCUACAAGCUCGAUCAACGGUUGUGAUGCCACCACGACGACCAGCGGCAGUGUUUCGACUGCUGAAUCCGUGACUUCCGAUGGUACCUACUACACAGAUUUCCCGGGCUACCCGCCAGCGUUUCCCUGCUUUGGAUACUACGAUAAAAAUGGGAUUCUUGUGAUGAGUGGUUUUGCUGUUGAUAACAAUGGUAACUCUUAUCCCAAUGGGGGUCAGACUUACAUUUACCCUCCGAACUACCACUGCCAGACGACGAUGUACGAUGGUGGUACCCUUGAGCAUGACCCCCAGAUGCAGCCCAGCUUGUUGGAGAGUCCUCCACCAAUCAGCGAUAUCCCUGCGAGUGAAUUGUCGAAUGGUGGAGACAACCUGAAUCUGAAAGAUGAAGCAGCCCCGAUUUCUGCACCAGUCGAAGCAGCACCACUUCUAGAUGACACGGAUAAUUCGGCAUUGGACACCACCAUUGGCGAGAAGGAGGAGAUGUUCAACGAGAGUUUCGAACAACAGAUGCUACAACCGGUUCCCAACUUCUACGAUUAUGCUCAAUUUUACAACGCUUUCUACUACCCCGGGUGCAUAAUGGCACCUUUGCCAAUUUUCGAAGAUGCUUUUUAUGAUGAACCAGACGAUACAACUCUCGAGGCAAAUCCGGGAAAUAUGUUGGACAAUGCCGGCGCCAUCGACGAUGUAUGGGAAAUGUGCAUGGAGAAAACUCAGACUCAAACUGAACAACAGAUCACAAAUGUAGCUGAGCAAGUUGAAAGCCAAGAAUCGCGUAAACACCCACAGAUCAACGAUCAACCAGUUCCAUCAGUUGAAAGUCCGAAACCAGCAACCUCAGCUAGAGCUGGGGAUACGGACUCCAAACAUCCGGUCAGCAAAAAACCUCCACCGGGAAAGCGUCCUCCUCAAGCCGGUUCCAAUGGGGUGCGCAAGAAGAAGGAACUGAUCGAGUCGACGCUAGCAUUUGCCGAACAGAAUAUCAAUCUCACCAAACAACUAGCUCCAUCUCAAAGUUCUCGACAGCUGUCCUGGAAAGUGGUUCGUAACGGGAAAGAAGUUUGCCUGGACGAGGAAGAUCCCGAACCUGUGGUGCUCGAAACCCGAAAGGAAUGCAUCAGCGCAGAGCGAAGUCCGGUCGUGAUCAAGGUAGAUCGCGAAAGCGUAUUGACGGAAACCACAUCGCAAGCAUCCAGCAGCGUCCGUAGCAAGAAGGAGAUUGUCGAUAGGAAAAGUAAAAAGACUGCAAAGGGAAAAGCCAAAAAAACGAAAAAAUCAAUCAAGGAUCAGCAGCUUCAAGGGUUCGAAGUUACAGAACCAGAUUUCUCCAAGUUGAAUUCGGCGCGUUCGGACAUUGAUCAAACUUUUUCCGAUGAUGAAACGAAUAAUCCACCGAUAGAAUUGUGUGAACAGGAGCAACAAUCGAACACUUGUGAGUCGAAUAAUCGAACAGAGGAGGAUAUUGGUUCUUCUCAGCGUUUGGAAAUGGAAGAAAGCAAUUCGCCUCCUCACGUUGAUAGUGAACCAUUCAUUGUGACGAUGAAUGAUGUUGUCCAUGAACGGGACAUGCCUUCAACGGAAGAAUUAAAUGAACACGAAAGAAUCGAUGUAGCUGAAGCUGAACCUGAACCUGCUGCCGAGGAAAGUGUAUCAUCGAUAAUCUCAUUUGACAAAGACACACGUGAUAUUCACGAAUGCCCACCGACGAUGGGCGGCAGUGAUCAGAUCGGAGAUCAAUCUUCUGGUGAAGAAUUUUCCGAUAAUGUAGACUCUGGCGUGCAAAGUCCGACAACCUUUUGUACUUUAAGUUGCGAUGAAAAAGAGAACAAAUCUGCGCUAUGUUCCUUCAGUCAAAAUAACGAUGGCCACGUCACCGAUGCCGUCACGAAAUGGCUAUCCGAUUCUCUAAACAACAAACGCGUUGAAGAGCUGUUUGUGCUCCCCGAAGAUCCAGAACUCCUGAAACGUAUUUAUUUGUUCAAUUUUAUGAACUUGGAUGAGACACUCGGUGUGCAUUCGGAGUGCAACAGCAGUGGCACAUUCAGCAGCGACGAGGCAGAAGAUGCCGACAGUGAUUAUAUGAGCGAUGUGCAGCUUCGAAAUCAAAAGACAGAACCCAAAAUCGAUCAGCUUCAUCAACAGACUGCGAAUGGUUAUCGGAAUAAUGACCAUUCUAAUCCUAAGCAAAAACGCUGUAUUAUAAUGUAAUGCCUUAUGAAAAACCUCGAAAGAUAACAAAAAAAAAAAAAAAAACACACAGAAAAAGAAACACGAAAAUCGCGCAAGUUACUUAUUCUUACAUCCUAAACAUAAUAAAAUAUAUUGUAUCAUUUCGGUCGUCAUCCCGUAUAUUAUUGCCAUAUCAUAUUUCAGUGCUUGUUUAUUUUAUUUGUUCCAUUUUGCAUUCAUUUCUAUUUAGAUGUAAAUCAAAAAAGACUAUGAAAUAAUAAACUAAAG